GCAUCAAUCUUGACAGUGGCACUGUUUUACUUGUGCACCUAGGCACUUACAUACUGGUAUCACACAUAGCCUAUUAUUGCUACGAUGUAAAAUCAGUUGUCCCUACGUGUCUCUAUGUUCCCCUCCUCUUUUUCUCUAUCAUAUAGGGCAAGAUGCGAAGCCACCAUAUGAAAUGUUGGCAAGGCACAUCACUGUAAACCUCACAGGCUCUCUUUCAAGAAGUAUUCUUGUGUGAGGGAGUGCUUUGAUUAGCAACACUACUGGUGUAAAGAUAGAAGAAGACCAAUUGGAUUUUGAGGAGAGGCUACAGAAAUAGAAGCAGGAAAAGAGCCCAUCCUUUUAUUGAGCUUAGUCUAACUUCGAAAUGGACUUCGAAAAUGUAUCGAAUGAGAACUGGUCUCAGACGUCUCUCCCAUCAUACAACUCAUCUGAAAGUCCAGCAGAAAAUGAUGUGCCCUACCACAGCGUCCUAAUGCCCAGCAUUUUCGGUGUCAUCUGCUUCUUUGGGAUUAUUGGCAACUGCAUUGUCAUCUACACCAUUGUGAAGAAGACCAAGUUCCGAGCCCAGCAGACAGUGCCGGACAUCUUCAUCUUCAGCUUGUCUUUAGUGGACCUCCUCUUCCUUCUGGGCAUGCCCUUCCUCAUCCACCAGCUCCUGGGCAACGGUUCCUGGUGCUUUGGUGACAUCAUGUGCACGGUCAUAACCGCCCUGGACUCCAACAGCCAGAUAGUGAGCACCUACAUCCUCACCGUCAUGACUCUGGACCGCUACCUGGCCACGGUCCAUCCCAUCCGCUUCAACCAUGUGCGUACACCCUGCGUGGCGGGGGCUGCGGUGGGUCUGGUGUGGGUGCUCUCCCUGGUCUCCAUCACUCCCGUGUGGAUGUAUGCUGGCCUUAUGCCCCGAGGGGACGGCUCAGUGGGCUGUGCCCUCCUGCUGCCCAAUCCAGCCACUGACACCUACUGGUUUACCCUCUACCAGUUUGUGCUGGCCUUCGCCCUGCCUCUGGUCAUCAUCUGCGUGGUGUUCUUCAAGAUCCUCCAGAACAUGUCUGCCACAGUGGCCCCCCUGCCCCAACGCAGCUUGAGAGUACGUACACGUAAUGUGACCCGUAUGGCUGUGGCUAUAUGCCUGGCCUUCUUCAUCUGCUGGGCUCCGUACUACAUCCUGCAGCUGGCCCACCUGGGGGUUCAGAGGCCCAGCUUUGCCUUCCUCUAUGUCUACAACAUUGCCAUCAGCAUGGGUUACGCUAACAGCUGCGUCAACCCAUACCUCUACAUCGUGCUGAGUGAGACCUUUAAGAGGCAGUUCAUUGUGGCCAUCCGGCCGAACAAUCGGGUCUUCAGGUUGAACUCUGUCAUGGCUGACGGCAGUAUGAGUCUGAGACCGGCCCCAGAGUGUAAUCAUCAGUCUCAGUCCUCCAGAGACCUACUAGUACACAACAUGCUGCCUGUCACUGUGGCUGUGCACUGAGUCAGGAGCCCUAGCCCAGCACCAUCCCUCAGCCCUAGUUCCAUGAAUCUGGGCUCUCUCUCAGCUCAGCGGGAAGUGGUGCCCCCAUCAGAGAGUCAUGCUCCCAAUGUGUAUUACAGGGUUAACGUGCAAUGUAUGUAGUAUGCUGAGUGUGUACAGUAUCUAUUUUGUACACAGCAGUACUGUGUUUAUAAGACACUUUUCCCGACAGGGACAUUCAACUUCAUCCUAUUAAUCCUAUCCUAUCAUGCUCCCAUGAAGGAACUGUGAAUACAGGGACUUUGUACUACUAUUCAGUUGGCAAUUGAACUGUAGGCUAUUAGUAACAAUGUGAACUUUUAUAAAAGGAUGCCAGCCCACAGUUAUCAAUAACACUAUUUUGCAGUUCUGUUUCAAGUGGUAACAAUUUGUAUUUCGUUUUCUUUGAUGAUAAUCACAUUUGACAGAUUUCCACUGCAGUUCAAUGUGUUAAAACAGAUUUCUGUGUAGAUAUGUGAUAUUCUAUGAUUCUGCCAUCGGUCCGUCCAGUCAAUGAUCUGAGAUGCAGGGAAAUCACACCUUGUCGUAAUGUAAUCUAUGUCUAUACUGGAACCUGUGUGAUGACUGUGAUCAUUGAGAAAGUUGUGACAUAUUGAUGUAUUAUUGUGGGCUAUCUUUGAAUGGGAUUUUGACGUCAACUAAUAUGUUGUCCUUAGUCAUUUUGUAAUAUUGAAUAUGUGCAGCCCAUCUAUUACCAUGUAAUGUCUGUGAUCACCAAGGAAACCUCUAUGUUGUUAUCUUUGGGAAAAUAAUAAUGUUCUGGUGCACCAUACAGUGUUGAAUGACUGCAAUUUAUCCAAAGGGAUUUCUAGAUGUUACAAUAAAGAAUUAAAGCAUGAGACGUAAGAAACCCCCAGUGCAAUACAGUAGCAGCAGAACUGUCUGUGCUAGAGUGCAUUUUGUGUAUUUGUGAAGAGCUCUUAUUCUCAGAGAAGGGGAAGCACACAUAAAAGAGGAAAAAGCCUUCUGUCCAAACAAAGCAAUAUUUUACCUGAUGGCUGCUGUAGAAGAGAGGCAGGUUAUCUGCUGGUAAUCUUGGAAAAGGGCAAAGUUAUC